AUGGAGGACGACUACUAUUACGACGAUGAGGGCUACGAUGAGUACUACAGCAACGGCGGCGACGAGGCGGCCGACGUCGACCCGCUCGAGGUGAAGUACAUCGACGGUAAGAGUUACAUGCAAAACAACGUAGAGGAGAGCCUGCGAUGCUUGCGCGAGGUGGUUGAUGAGGACACCGCGCACGGGCGGUGGACGUUCAAGGCACUGAAGAUGCUGAGCCGCGCCGCACGCAUGGCGAAGCGGUACGAAGAGAUGACGCAGUACUACGCGCAGGUGGUACACUUCUCUCACCCUGAUGUGGCUGCUGCGGCCAUCGCCAAAGCAAUGUUAAAGUUCUCCGAGGAGAGCAAGUGGGUGCCCGCGCAGUGGCGGCAACAGACGCUGCAAAUCACUCUCGAGGUGGCCAUGCCCAACACGGAGCAGUACCGCCACGUGCUGGUCCCCACGCUCCUACAACGCGCCGCACUCCUCCUCGAGGAGAACAAGAGCAAGGAGGCGCUGGACGACUUGCACGUCGCAAUGCAGCACUGCACUCAGUUGGACGCGGCAGUCGCGCAGCUCAACGCGACGUCAGUGUAUCAGAUUCGCGCACUCCAGCUGGUGGCCUACCGCAAGCUGCGUCGCUACGCGGAUCUGCGCAGCACCUACAACGCCAUCGGCCAAGUCCAGGCUGCCCUCCCGCCGCUGCGCAUGAUGGGCGGGGUGAUGGAGUCGGCAGGGCACCUCUUUCUGCACGACGGAGACUGGGGCGCUGCCCACCGCGCAUUUGCCUCGGCACUGCGCAGCUACACGGAGUGCGGCGACGCCCAGCAGUACGCCGUCGUGAAGUACGUGGUGCUGGCCACGAUGAUGGCGGACCUGCCGGUGGAUAUCUUCUCGCAAGACGACGCCCUCGCAGACCACCCUUACGUGCGUCCCGUGCGUGCGCUGUGGAAGGCCUUCGCCGCCUGUGACGUACCGGCCUUCUUCAACGUUCUUGCAGACCCAGAGAACGUGGCGUGUUUCGCGCGCGACGAGGAAUUCGCGCCCUACGUGGAGGCGGCGGUCUACCAGCUGCGGAUGAACUUCCUGAUCAGCUAUACACGAGGCUUUGCCACGGUGUUGCUGUCUGACUUGUGUCGGCGCCUGCGGAUGGACGAGCAGCCUUGUAAGGAGCUGUGCGCCAGCGCCAUUUUGCACGGCCUCCUCGAGGGAGGUAUCGACGACGGACGUAAGCUGCUGGUGCUGAGGUCUGCCGCGAAGACAGGGCAGGCGCGCCUGGGCAACGCAGAGACGCUCCGUGACUUUUCUAUUUUGGCAAACGAAAUGUGUUGUCCGCGAAUUCGCUACUAG